GAGAGUUGAGAGUUGAGAGUUGAGAAAAUGGUGUCAGCUCUUAUUAUCUGUCUACUCUUGAUGUUUUCUGUUCCAUUUUCGUCUGCCCAAACCGUAGCUGCCCCUGAACCUUCUCCCUCCACUAAUUUAUGCAUAAUAGGAAGUGGCAUCGCCGGAUCAUCGGUCGCCCAUUUCCUCCGCCGCUAUUCUGCCGAUCCUUUGCUUCCCACAAUCAAUGGUAUUCGAAUAUUUGAACGUCACCGCAUCGUCGGAGGGAGGAUGGCUACAGUUUCUAUUGGUGGUGACACCUUGGAAGCUGGAGCAUCCAAACUUCAUCCCAAGAACUACCACGCCUUGAAUUUCACCAAAUCCCUCAAUCUGCUCAUCGAGGAUCCCUCGUCCGAUUCAUCAGACUCCUCUUUCGGCAUUUGGGAUGGUACCCAGUUCGUAUUUAAGACCCUUCCUACAAAUUCCAAGUCCCCUCAAUACAACAAGAUUGUCUCGAUCGUCAAUUCACUCCUCAUCUUCUUCAGAUACGGAUUUUCGCUUUACAAAAUGCAGAGUUUUGUUGAUAAUACCGUGGGUUCUUUCUUAAAGUACUACACGGAUCAAACUUCGAGACCUGUUUUUGAGACUGUGGAUGAGAUGCUUAAAUGGUCGGGUUUGUAUGGGCUCACUCGUCGGACUUUGCAAGAGGAGUUAGUUGAUGCUGGACUCUCUCCACGACUUAUAUCUGAGCUUGUCACUGUGAUUACAAGAGUUAACUAUGGUCAAAGUGUUGCAAUUAGUGGACUUGCUGGGGCAGUUUCCCUGGCAGGAUCUGAUGCAGGGUUAUGGUCAGUUGGAGGAGGAAAUUGGCAAAUUGCUGCUGGGCUGAUAAAUAGUUCAGACGUUACAUUGCACCUCAAUGAAGAGAUUGGAUCUAUUACACAUCUUGGGGACUAUUAUGAGCUUAACUCCACUAAAGGAAUUAGUUAUGCUUGUGAAGUCACUGUAGUUGCUACACCAUUGGAUGAGCUGAAUAUACAGUUUCAUCCUCCUAUUUUGAUUCCUGAGAGGAAGUUACAGCACACGCAUGCCACCUUUGUGAGGGGCCUCUUAAACCCUGCAUACUUUGGCCUACAUUCUGUAUCAGAAAUUCCAGAACUUGUGGGCACAAUUGAGGCUCCUGAUCUCCCUUUCUCCAGCAUCUCUAUCCUCAAGAAGUACACUGAAGAGGACAUGUCACACAAGAUAUUUUCACGAAUGCCAUUGACAGAUGCAUUGCUUGACCAAAUAUUCAGUGUGAGGAAGGACACAGUCCGGAUAGAUUGGGGUGCAUACCCUCAUUUCACAGCCCCAGAGGUGUUUGCACCAUUUGUCUUGGAUGGCUUGCAUUUGUACUAUAUUAAUGCCUUCGAGAAUGCUGCAAGCACCAUGGAGACCAGUGCUGUUGCUGCAGAGAAUGUUGCCCGGCUCAUUCUGUCGAGGCUCUCUGAUCAGACAACUUCAAGAUCAACCAAUCUUAAGAGCUUUGCCUCUGGUGGAGAGGAUCUGCAUUUUGAGGUCUGAGUUGAUUGCCAAAUAUGGGAGUAUUAGGUUUUUCUGGGUUCUGGAAAAUUAAGAUAACUUGCUGAACUGGUGGCUCCCAAUGUGUAAAUUUGUAUUUGUAACAUAUAUCUGAAGAUCAUAAAAA